GCUUGAACUGAAUUGGUGAAUAAUUCAACAAAUUUAUUGCAGUGAGAUGUAAAUGUACUGAGAAUAUCCAGGCAAAACUUUUAUUAAAUAAUUAAAUAUGAUCUUGCGGCUUGUGCUUCAUUCCAUUAGUACCUGAAAUAUAGAGAGUAAUGUGAAUUUGCCUUGAAUUAAAUUGCAAUUUCAGUAUUCAAUUUCAAAUCAUAUCUAACUUACUAGGUCUACAUACAGUUACAGUGUCAGUUUCAACUUUCAAGCAUUAUGCACCAGCAAUAAAAGUGGAGCUCAAUCAUCAGCUACAGCCUACAGUGGUGUCGGGGAGUGAGAGCUCAGGUUUAGCCUCAUGUGGACAGAACUCGUCAACACAAAGCCCGACCAUCUGACGUUGCUGUGGUCGUAGCUACAUAGCGUCCAUCGCUCUCACCAUGGCCCAGUGAUGUGGAGGACUGCUCCACUACGCUCCUCUUAUAAAACACCACCAUGGAUCUCUUCCUGCUCAAUGGAGAGCCUGAUGAUCUCUCUCUCCAGGAUAUGAUCGAGAAAGACAUGAAGUCGGAACUUUCGCUCAGCACCUACGACCACGACUUCGAGAGCGAUAUGUGCAUGGGAGCGUUCGAGCCUCUGUUCGACGGCCUCCCGAGCAUGGAUGUGGACCUGCCAGGCGGGAUAAUGACGCCUCCUGCCAGCUCCUCGGCCCACAGCUCGUGCUCCAGCACAGCCAGCAGCCUAGAAGACGACCAAGCGAGCGUCUGCAUGGAACAAUCACUGAGUGACAUCACAUGGUACAGUGGCACGCACGGAAAAGAUAUUCUCUUCGACCUGGACAACGCAAUCAUGGUGAACCCUUCCGUUGUGUUGCCCAGCUCCCUGGCGCUCAGAGUGUCCACUCAUCCUGGUCAGAUCAUCACGUCAGAGGCGGCAACGUGUUUGUUCACUUCUCCUGGAUUAGUUUCGCCGUCUUUAGUUGGGUGCAAUGCGGACGUCUCACCGUUGCUCACUUCUCCUUCUCCGCUUCUUUCAUCAUCGUCAGUUAUGUUGUCCUCGUGCAAUGGGGACAAUACAACUCAGAGUGACACGCUGCUCUCUGAAGCACAACCCACGAGGGUAUCAUUGCCUAGUAUUUUGUCCCCCAGCAUCUACAUCAAGACAGAAACACUCCAGUCAUCUACACCGUCCUCGGUAUCACAGAGCACCUCAGCGUCUUCAUCUCAAGUAACCGUGCUACGGCCUACGGUGACUGUAAGCAGUGGUGGGGUAGUCAACAGUUCCCUCAACCCUUCGACAACCCUCAUCACGUCACCCAAACAGCUCACCCAACAACAGAUCGCCAACAGUCUGGUCACCCACCACCAGACUCUAGGAGUCCACAACAGAGCUCAGCUCUCGUCCAGUAACGGAUACAGCGGCAACAGAACGCCUCACAAUAACGUCGUCCACAGCUCGGAUGUCACCGCCACAUCCAUCGCCUCUGUGCACACAACCAUCAAUAACGGACCAAUGUUCAGAGGGAAGCCUGGAGGCGCUCGCUCAGUAAGCAGCAGACGAGGAGGAGACGAGCGCGCCCUGCCCAAGCCUGCGUACUCCUACAGCUGCCUUAUUGCUCUCGCCCUCAAGAACUCCAGCUCCGGCAGCCUCCCUGUCUCCGAGAUAUACAGCUUCAUGUGUGAAUACUUUCCGUACUUCCGGACGGCUCCUAACGGUUGGAAGAACUCCGUCCGGCACAACUUGAGCCUCAACAAAUGCUUUGAGAAAAUAGAAAAACCUGUUGUGUCAGGAAACAAUCAGCGAAAAGGCUGCCUGUGGGCCCUAAACCCGAGCAAGGUGCACAAGAUGGACGAGGAGAUACAGAAGUGGAGUAAGAAGGACCUGCAGGGCAUCAGAGAUGCCAUGAGUACACCAGAUAUGCUGGGCGCCCUCGAGCGAGGAGAGAUGAAGUUCGAGGCUGCAAGCAGCGCGUCUUCUUGUAGCGAAGACGACGAUGAUGACGAUGAAGUUGAUGCGCUAACUCUCACGGAGCCGCCAUCUUCGAUGACGGUACUGAACCGUGGUAGUAUACAGCAGACGCGUACUGCUCUGCACGUCACCAAGUGUCAGCAACCCGCUAUCCUGCGGCAGAGCAACACACAUCGACAACAACAGAUUCUCGCGACUAAAGUGAGCGCCACGUUACCAAGCUCGCCCGAGUACAUCUUGCCCGACUCGACCAUGACAGAGAUCAGCUUCCAGACCAGUGCUGGGGGUAUCAUAGACAGCCUUGGCAAUGAGAUCAGUAUUGACGACGAGGUCUCUUCGAGCAGCAAUAUUUGCGUCACGGCUACUGACGUAUCCCCGAUAGCUAGUGUCGUGGUAUCCAAUAACGUUUCCAGUCUGGGCUCUAUUGUUGCUAGCAAUAACAGUAUUACCCACUUAACGUCUGGAGUUGUAACUUCUAAUUUAGGCAACAUCACGGCCAAUAUCAGCGCGGCCGCGAAUGUGAGUGUGUUAAGCUCUCCUCGGAGUCUCGUGCUCAGGAAGCUGCCUUUAGCUCCGGUGCGCGCUUCAUCCCUCAGGGCAAACUAUGUCUACUCUCCUCUGGGCUCACCGCAUGGACUCAACAGACUCGUGCUAAGCAACGCUAAGAUAGCUUAACCGUCCACGCCUGAGUGUGCUGUACAACUCUCACCUAAAAUGCUAAAUUUUCACCGUAAAUGCAAUUCUGAUAUGAUAUGCAAUAAGACUCCUAAAUUUCCUGCUUUCAGGAAAAUUAGUUUUCCGAUUCUAUGGUAAACCGUCCACUGAAAUAAAUCAUUAAUUUUUUUCUUAUCCGACGUUAAAACAGACACAUGUUUAAAAGUUUCUUGGUGAUUUCAGAUUCUAUUGAUGCUCGCAUUAUUAAACUAGGAAGUAAAUAUGGAGUGCCUAAACUUGGUACAUCCUCGACAUCGCACUUCCAGGCCUUUCCCUAAGCACUCAUGUAUCGUCUUAUCUCCUUUCUUUUCUCCUCUGCAUGCUGUCUUGCAAUGAAUAUUUGCGAACAUAUUUUAUGUACUACUGACGCAUCCCUUCAAGUUUUUUAAUUAAUAAAACUAAAAACUAUUUUUGUAAUAAAACUUAAUUUUUAAGUUUUAUUAAAGUUAGAGUCAAGUUUUCUUAAUAAAACUUGAAGGUGCGAGCCCUUCUCUUCAUGGAUGUGUUGUACAUAGUGAAUAAUUGGUCAUCCUGGUGCUGUCGACUUGAGCUUAUCUGGUCUAAGCCAAUCUUAAUGUGUAUUUUUAUAUGUACCGUAUUUGUUAAUCUACGUGACAGGACAAAUCGCUGGAUGUUUCCAAAUUAAUGCUGUAGCGUUACAGUUGGGAUGAGCAUAGUGAUCUUCUGGCUCUGCAGCUGACUACUCCACUCCAGGAGCGACGACUUCUGAACAUUUUUUGCAUAAUUAUGUACAUAUGGGCGUGUUUCUGAGUAGAGAUUACCUGACGCGAUCUAUUUAGUUAGAUUUAUUUAGUCAAUGGCAGCUUAUGUAUUUGCUUAAGUUAUUGCUCCUGAGGCUUUUUUUGUCAGUAAUUUUUCCAAGUCACGAUGCUUUCUCGCAAAAAUUGUCACACUUGAAGUCGUCCUAAUUAUCAUCUCGCUUGCACAAGCUGAAAAAGCAUUGCAAAAUUUUGUGAACGUGCACAUUUCUUUGCGGAAAUAUUAUUCACGUUUAUUCUGUGACUACUUUAAACUUUUAAUGAUCUCUUUUUGUCUUGUUUCAAGUGGAGCGAGUUUCAUCGAUAUAUUGUGGUCUGCUCGAUAUGUCUGCUCCUAUCGUCCGUCCGUAUCUGAUCCAAAAGCAUGAACUGAUAUCCCCCAGCAGUUAUGUUCUUUAUAUAGGUAAAUCUUGAAUUUCUCUUUCUCUGUCGCGAAAUGGAUUAUUUCGUUGAAUAUAGGAUAUAAUUAUCCGCUGCGAGGGCCAAUGAAAUACGAUCCAAAUUGGUCUUGGCUUCAUAAAUUUCUUACAUGGUACAAACGAUUAUGACAUGCUCUUUUCUGUUGGGUAUAAAAUGUUGAGUAGAAUAAUCUUCAGACUCAAUUCUUCGAUUUCGAUUUGAAAUAUAAGCACGAUGGCCAGCAUUUUUUUGAAUGAAACAUAUCAAAUUCUGAUAAAUGCAGCAACACUUGAAAACCGCAUGACUGCAAAUAUGUAGACGAAUGUAAAAAACCUGUUACACGGUCAAUAUUACCUGACUCACUCGUGUUGUGAAGAAUAUUUUGUACCGUUCGCUCUUUUCACAACUUGUUGCUGAAUUCUGGACGCUUCAGAAGAUUGAUGUGCAGUGUUUGAAAACAAUCUCUGAUGUAACGCUUUCAGUCUUACACCGAGUUUCGUAAACAGAUCUAAUCCUGUUAUGAUCGAUAGUAGUGUAGGUAUUCUAGAAAUUGAGUGUGUUCCACUCAAAGAGUUCAAAAUUUUUGAGUGAAUCUUUGUACCUUAAAUCAUUAGUACAACGCAAAGUAUUAUUACAAUGACGAUGACUUGUGCUAACUGUGUGGCAUCCAACGCUUGUCGUGGACAAACGCAUUCACUCUUCCGUGAAAAUUUUGUACAGUUUUUUUUACCAAUUGGCAAGGAUUCUGUGAUAUAGCCUACCUGUAAAAUGUUAAUCGCUCGUAUGAGCCAACUUACUAUAAGUAUCAAGCUCCAGUCCCUCAAGUCGAGUUUGUUGGUCAUUUAUUGGAUUAUCCAAUACUUUUUGUUUAGUAGAUAGUUCUAAUGUAUUUUGUGUGAACAUAGACGGUGAAUUUAUCUUUGAUGUAGAUAAAUUCACCCUGUGUUAUACAAUGAUGAGAAUGUAUAGCUUCACCAUGAUCUUAACAAAUUUAUAUUGUACCUUUCUUUACUAUUCCUUAGCUGUCAAAUUCAAUUGUGAGACUGGGUUUACAACCGAGUGACAAAAUACUGGCAUUUGAGAGUAAUUUCGUUGAGCUGUACAUAUUCCACUCAUUGCUACGAUAAUCAGUCGUCAGUAAAUGCACUCGAAAGCACAAUUGCUUACUGCAACGGUCGUUUGUGCAGCAGCUCGUGCAUCACUGCUGUUAAUGAGCUAGGAGAACGAAUCAGCUCUUUUCAGAAGCAUUCAAAAAUGUGAUGAGUACAGUACUAUCAAAAUAGGGUGUCGGUGAUCGUUUUGCACUAACCUCGUUUAUCUAAAUUACUCUAUUUUGAACUUGUUUAUGUUCUAAAAUAUUUUUUAGAACGUCAACCUCGAAAUCGCGUACUAGAUUUUUGGUAACAUUUUCGAAAAUGCUCUUAUCAAAUUAUAUAGUUUAUUAAUAGUUUCACUAUAAUCAGCGUUCUAAGUCAACGACGAAAAUUAUUGAUGCAAGAUAAGACGAAAUUUCACGCGCUAUUCUGGAGAGACGUGCGCUAACACUUAUCCAAUUCUCCGAAAGAAUUUCUAGGUAAGCAGAGCCGCGUUUAACUGUUUUGAUGUACGUCUUUCAACAUUGGAACACAGUCUGUUUGUAAAAUACUUAUUAAGAUUCAGAGCAAUCAACUCAGCGAAGUGAAAAUAUAACGUCAUCAUAAAAAUUUUGACAAAUACGACUGUAUUUUCUCUAUCUGCCAAAAGUGCAGUGUGGUGUUGCUGAUUUAUGAGAACUUAUUUUUAUAGUAAGCUGCGUAUUAUGUC